ACGUCUAAUCCCACAACACAACAGGGAAGUCAGACUCAGAAUAUCGUCAUCCAUAAACCUCUAGUUUCAUCUGGAUCCAAAGUGUUUUUAUCCAAACAUAGUUUCUAGAAAGCCCGCAAGGGUAUGUUGGUCCGGUUAAAUAUCGUCGGUCUCCUUGUCGAUGAGGGAUAAAAGAAAGAUAAAUUGAAUUAUAGGAAGCAAAAAUCCUGCUAGCCGAUGAAUCGAUGCAGUACCCACAGCAAGUCACCUCUCAUCAAUACAAUCGUUUCAAAAAUGGUGGUCAUCUCCCAAGAGCCGCUCUGUUUACCCUCUCCCACAAAACCGCUUCUUCUUCGUCCAACUUUCGCCUUAUAGCUUUCGGAGCUCCUCGUUUCUGCAAUGCCCACUUGGUGGUGGAAGCAAGGUCGUCUAGAAACACCGACGCCACCCAGCCGAGUCCCCGCCAAACACCAGCUCAGAAGGUCCACCACGUUAGCGACCAGACUGGCUUGCAUCAGCGUCUGGAUUUCCUUUGUCAGCAUGGGAAGUUGGAAGAAGCCAUGGAGGUCGUCGAUUCUAUGGAGAAGUCUGGAUAUGAAUUGGAAGCAACUGCGUAUAACUCUGUUGUUUCCUGCUGCAUAUGGCGGAGAGAUCUUGAGAAGGGUGAUUGGCUGAGAAAGCACAUGGUCCGUGCAGGCUUUGACCCUCCUGGAGUUUUCAUGGAUAACCAAUUUAUUAACCUUUACAUGAAAUGUGGAAAACCCAGCUCCGCCCGCCAACUGUUCGACGAAAUGCCUAAGCAUAAUUUGGUCUCGUGGAAUGCAAUGAUUGCCGGAUACUGUUACAACGGGCGCUACGUUGAAGCCCUGAAAUUGUUCAGGGAAAUGUGCGUGAUGGAGGCAGAACAUCCCAACCAAUUGACAUGCAUCAGCGUCAUCACUUCAUGUGGAGGUUUCGGAGAUUCAAGUUACUGUUACCAGGUUCAUGGUUAUGUGAUUAAAAGGGGUUUUGUAGCUUAUGGCCCUGUUGGGAACGCAUUAGUGACAAUGUACGGGAAGCAGGGGCUUCUAGAGGAAGCCGAAGCCGUGUUUUCUAACUUGCUGCAAAGAGACGAGGUGUCAUGGAAUGCGCUUAUUUCUGUAAAUUCAUGGAGCCAACACUGUGACAGAGCAAUUGAGUUGUUUGCUAGAAUGCAGCAGGAAGGUAUCAAAGCAAAUGAGUAUGCAUUUGGUAGCGUUCUCAAAUCAUGUGCCGCUACUGGAAAUAGAACCAUGGCCGAACAAAUUCACACACUGGCCAUAAAAACUGGAUUUGCAGCACACCCGAUCGUUGGUACUGCACUUCUGGACGUUCAUGCCAAAUGCAUGAAUUUUGAAGAUGUUAAAUUGAUUUUUGCCAAUAUGCCGGAGAGAAACAUCGUCUCAUGGAAUACCGUCAUAGGAAGAUGCAUGGAGAGCACUAGAAUCAUUGAUGGUCUUCACUAUUUUCAGAAAAUGUGUGAGAUGGAUGUCAAACCCGACGAUUUCACAUUCACCAGUGUGAUCAAGGCUGUGACCGAAGAAUCAAACCUUAAAGAAGGCAAGCAGCUUCAUGCAAGAGCUAUCAAAGGUGGUUUCCAUUCUGAUACGUCAGUUGGAAAUUCACUAAUCACCAUGUAUUCUAACUGCGCACAAGUUCAGAACUCAUUUCUAGCUUUCAAUGAUAUCUUUGAACCGGAUCUCAUUUCCUGGAAUUCCAUGAUUCACUCGUACGUCCAAAAUGACAGGCAAGAAGAAGCGUUGUCCUUAUUCAUAGAUAUGAGGCAUUUGGGGAUAGAACCAGAUGAAUUUACCUGUGUUAGUUGCUUAGCUGCAGCUACAGCUUCAGAAUGGCCUGAAAUGGGAAGACAACUGCACGCUUACAUUGUGAAAGAUGCCAUUGCGCUGAACGCCUUUGUUGGUAGCGCUCUAAUUGGAAUGUAUGGCAAGCACGGUGCUAUACGGAAAGCUGAACUUGUUUUCAGUAAGAUUGAUGAGAAAGACCUAAUCACAUGGAACACGAUGAUAUCGGCUUUCACCCAAAAUGGUGAAGCUACAAAAGCUCUGCAACUCUUUUGUCAGAUGAAGGAAGAGGACGUUGAGGUAGAUAAUUACACCUUUGCUAGCGUUCUUGCAGGGUGUGCUGAUGUUACUGCAGCAGCACAAGGUAGACAGGUUCAUUCCCAGAUCUUAAAGUCCAGGUUAGUGGCAGACACUGCUGUAGUUAAUGCGCUUAUAACUAUGUACUCUAGACUUGGUUGCAUUGAUGAAUCUGCACAAUUAUUUGCCAAACUUAGUGACAAGAAUUUAUUAUCCUGGACUGCCAUGAUUUCGGGUUACGCUCAGAAUGGCAAUGCGGUAGAGGCAAUAAAAUUGUUCAACCAAAUGCAAAGUUUCAAUAUACAGCCAACAGGUGUAACUUUUGUUGCUGUAUUGACUGCUUGUAGCCAUGCAGGACUAACUGAACAAGCUGAGCAAUAUUUUGAUGCCAUGACAACCACUUACAGAAUAGCACCUGCCUACGAACACUAUGCAUGCAUGGUGGACAUCCUUGCACGAACGGGAAGGUUGCAAGAUGCAGAAAACUUCAUUAUGCAAAUACCCUACGAGCCAAAUGCUAUUGUAUGGAAAAUGCUGCUGAGUGCUUGCCGGACUUAUGGUGAUCCAGAAAGAGGAAGGCGUUCAAUGGAAAAGAUUGUAGCCCUAGAACCAGGUGAUUCUGCAGCUUAUGUACUUCUCUCAAAUAUAUAUGCAGAUAGUGGGAAAUGGGAGGAUGUAGCGAGGAUCAGGAAACUGAUGAAGCGUAAUGGGGUAAAGAAACAACCAGGAAAAAGUUGGAUUGAAAUUCAGAACACGCUGCAUGAGUUUGUUGCAGGUGACCGUUCACAUCCGCAAGUUCAUGACAUACAUUCAAAAUUGCAUGAACUUUUGGAAGAAAUUAAGAGGGAAGGAUAUCAACCUCAAACCAACCUUAUUAUUGAUGAUGAGAAAGAAAGUAGAGAACAUUCAAUAUUUUAUCACAGUGAAAAGUUGGCAAUUGCCUUGGGGAUCAUAAGUUUAGCACCAAACACUACCAUCAAGAUUUUCAAGAAUCUACGUGUCUGUGAGGACUGCCACACUGCAGCAAAAUUGAUAUCUAAGGUUGUUGGAAGAACAAUCAUCCUCCGAGACACCUGUCGCUUUCAUCACUUCAAAGAUGGACUGUGCUCCUGCAGAGAUUUCUGGUAGGGAACAACGUUUUGGACGACCUCUAUUUCACCUUUCUUCCUUGUCGGAGCAUACCUCAACCAGCAGGAGCAAGAGACCAAAUACGCAGUCAAACCCUACGAACUUUGGUAGGCCAAAAGGUCAUCCAGUCAUGACAAGAUUGGAUGCGUGUAUUAAAAUAGAAUAAGUUGAAAAGCUCAUCAAUUUUUGCAAUUUAGGCUGAUUCAAAAUGAUGCUCAUUGAAAUAAAGCCCUCCACAGUUACCUAAAAAUUGCAUGAAAAAAUUGGGAAUUUUGACUAAAAAUACCAGACACGUUUGUACAAGUUCAAUAGUAUAAAUUUCAAUGCUGGUGCAUUACAAUCAUCUUUUCCAUAUUACUGCAAUGGGUUGUCACUUUCACCUUGAUGCGUUGGCUGUGAAAGCAUGUCAGUCCUGGGAGAAGAUCAGCAUAACCUGAAAGGCUGAAACUGAUCUGAAGGACUUCUAUAUUCCAAGAUGGCACCACCUGAGAAAUGUUCCAUGCAAUGCACAGCCUAAGCAAGU